AUGUCCCCACCUCUUUGCCUGGGGCUGAAUGUGCACUCGUCACACAAACCUGGCAUUCAGCCUCAACAGACUGUUUGGAGAUUGAACUCUCCCCAGAUGGAAAAUGCUCCAAAGCUUCCCUCUGCGUUAGCGAGUCCUUCUGGUGAAAUCAUGGAGAACAGUUCAGUGACUCUGACCUGCAGCAGUGAUGCUAACCUAGCAACUACUUUUACCUGGUACAAGAGCAAUGGAAAUCCAAACCUUCAUCCUCGGAGUAAAGAACCACAGCUUGUCUUCAGCUCCAUUCAGUCCUCUGACUCUGGAGAUUUAACUCGCAUAGUGAAGUACCCAGACGGACAGAAGAAACGUGACCAGAAAGAGAAAACACCUUUUUCCCAUUCAGCAUCUUUUGGACCUGGCUGGAGCCUGGCUAAGGAGGGGAGAUGCAGUGUCCAGUUCUCCAAGAACCAGGGCGAUCCUGUCUACUCCAACAUCAGACCAGCUCAGCCCCACAGACAUGACGAGGGUGCUGAGUACGCUGUGGUCAAAUUUAAUGGUGGCAACACUUCCCCAAGUGGGAAGCAGCAAACAGUGGUACAGAGUCAGUAUGGCUGGGGAGUGACUUACACUUAUACUGAGAUCUGUGCCUUCAAAGGAUCAACUGUGUACAUAUACUGCACCAUUAAAUACCCGUCCACAAUAAAUGGCCACGAUACUACAGUUGAGGAAACAUUCUGGUUUAAAGGUGAUAAAAUUAUGGAUCUGAAAAUAAAGUCAGAGUAUUCAGGUCGUGUAACUUAUAGCUGUGAUAAGAACCGCUGCACUCUGAGAAUCACAGACCUGAGAGAGAGCGACUCAGCUGAGUACAAGUUCAGUUUCAUAACAAACCAACCAGGUGGGACAUAUACUGGUUCACCUGGAGUCACUCUGUCUGUCACAGAUCUCCAGGUGCAGGUGAGCAGAUUACAGGGGUCUUCUAACUGGGCAGAGCUGAAGUGUCACAGCAGUUGUCUUCCACCUGGUCAUCAUUACUACGUCUGGUACAAGAAUGGACAGAACAUUGGGGGACAAACAUCUAAUUCUUAUUCAGCCUCCUUUAAGCCUGCAGACAGCUUUUCCUGUGCUGUAGGAGGAUAUGAGAAGUCCCGCUCUCCUUCAGUGUAUGCUCCAAAGCUUCCCUCUGUGUCAGUGAGUCCCUCUGCUGAGAUAGUGGAGGGCAGUUCAGUGACUCUGACCUGCAGCAGUGAUGCUAACCCAGCAGCUACUUAUACCUGGUAUAAAUAUCAUGGAAAUCCAAACCUUCAUCUUCCCAGAAAAGAACCACAGCUUAUCUUGAGCUCCAUCCUGUCCUCUGACUCUGGAAAGUAUUACUGUGCAGUAGAGAAUGAUCUGGGAAUGAGGACAUCUGGAUUAGUCCCUAUUAAUGUGAAAUAUGCUCCAAAGCUUCCCUCUGUAUCUGUGAGUCCCUCUGCUGAGAUAGUGGAGGGCAGUUCAGUGACUCUGACCUGCAGCAGUGAUGCUAACCCAGCAGCUAAUUAUACCUGGUACAAGGAGAACCAAACUCUGCUCAGUGAAGAACCACAGCUUGUCUUCAGCUCCAUCCAGUCCUCUGACUCUGGAGAGUAUUACUGUGCAGCUGUGAACAAGAUCGGGAAGAAGACAUCUGGAUUAGUCACUAUUAAUGUGAAAUAUGCUCCAAAGCUUCCCUCUGUGUCAGUGAGUCCCUCUGCUGAGAUAGUGGAGGGCAGUUCAGUGACUCUGACCUGCAGCAGUGAUGCUAAACCAGCAGCUAAUUAUACCUGGUACAAGGACAAUAGCAAUCUAAACCACCUUCAUCAUCCCAGGAAAGAACCACAACUUGUCUUCAGCUCCAUCCAGUCUUCUGACUCUGGAGAGUAUUACUGUGCAGCUGUGAACAAGAUCGGGAAGAAGACAUCUGGAUUAGUCACUAUUAAUGUGAAAUAUGCCCCAAAGCUUCCCUCUGUGUCAGUGAGUCCCUCUGCUGAGAUAGUGGAGGGCAGUUCAGUGACUCUGACCUGCAGCAGUGAUGCUAACCCAGCAGCUAAUUAUACCUGGUACAAGGAGAAUGAAGACUCACCAAAAGCAUCAGGACAGAACUUCACCAUCACUGACUUCAGAGCUGAACACAGUGGGAAUUAUUACUGUGAAGCCCAGAACAGAAGAGGACAUCAUAACUCCAUCUUGCAUCUGAUUGUUCUGGCAGGGAAUUCAACAAUAGUAAUGAAUAUCAUCAGGUUGACUCUGGUGGUCUUGAUGCUGAUUCCUCUGCUUCUCUUGAAUCUGUGGACGAGGAAGAAGAAAACUCUGAGCUCCACCUCUGAACCAAAUGAACCUGGAGAGACGAUAGAGUUAGACUCUGAUCCUGUGUAUGUCAGUGUCUCAGACUUUAAGAGCGUCACUGCAGCACAGACAGAAGACACAGAGCAGCAGGAAGACAUGGUGUGAAGUCCAGUCAGAUGCAGUUGAACCAGACUCACCUCAUGGUAGGACGGCAUUGAAACAUCACAGUAGAGCGAGUCUGU